AAUGUCAUAUGGGACUAAAAAUGAGCACUGCACAAAAUCACUGUGUCACACUCUAAACUAAACUGGAUAAGAGAUUUCCAACUAGUAAAUAGGGAAUCAUCUAGUGCAGUCCAGCAUUGAGCUGUUCUCAACCAAUGUUCUUCAAUAUCUUUAUCAAUGAUAUAGAAGAAAAUAUAAAAUCACAGUUUGCAAAAUUUGCAAAUGACAAAAAUUUGUGGGGUGGUAAAUAGUGAUGGGGGACAGGUCAGUUGUAUAACAUUAUUUGAAAUACACAGAAAGCUGAGUGUAUCUGAACAGUGUUUCUAUACUGCCAAAUGCAAGGUCAUACAAUAGCCACAAAGAACGUAGGUCACAUUUAACGGACUAGGGAGCUGUAUUCUGGAAAGAAGUGACUCUGGAAAGGAGUUAAGAGGUUAUGGUGGAAACAUGAGCUCCUAGGGUGUAGCUGUAGCUGUUCAGUUCUGGUGUCAACAUUUCAAAAACUAUGAUUGUAAAUUGGAAAGUUUUCAGAGAAGCCGUACAAGAAUUAUUUGAGGUCUGGAAAACUUUUCUUAGUGUAAGAGACUUCAAAAGCUCCAUCUACUGAAUUUGUGCAAGAGAAGCUUAAGAGGUGACUUGAUCAUGGUCUACAAGUACCUGUAUGGGGAAAGAGAUUUCUGAUAGCAGAUGCCUUUUGGAUCUAGCAGACAAAGGCAGAAGGAGACUGAAGGACUGGGAGCCGAAGCAAGACAGUUUUUUACCAGGAAGGAUAACUAAUCAUUAGAAGAACUUCUCUAGGGGCUGUAGUGGAGUGUCUCUAACAGACUUGCUGUAGCUCAACCAGAUGUUCUGGGCGGGAUGCAGGAAUCCCUGGCUGAGAUUCUCUUCCCUGGGCUAAGCAGGAGGCCAUCCUGGCUGAUUAGAAUAGUCUCUUGUGCCCUUACUCUAGGAAUUAAACUGGUCUGACUACCUGACAGGUUUAUGGAUUUAUCAUGCUGAACACCCAUCUUCAGAAGGCCAGCAGCAAGGCCUGGGAAGCUUGGAGUGCAGAUGAAGUGGGUGGGUGGAGGGGGAAAGAGAAUGCUUUUAAUUAACAAAAAUAAUGUACAAAUCUGACCAAAUUAUUCAGAGUAACAGCCCGUGUCCCAUAUGUAUUGUGAUUGGCUAUGUUCAAAGGGUGAGCAGCCACUCAGAGAUCACAUGUGACUACAUGUCAUGUCUCAGCUGAAGCUCAAGCAGUGUGCAGGUGAGUUGUGCCUGUCCAGGGCUAGGGACCAACAAAACCUGGCUGCAAAGGGCUGAUUUGGAUAGUUGAACAAUAACCACAAACUCAUGCAUACAAGGUGCUCUCAUGGCUCCAGAGAGCCUCCUUGUGGCAGGCAUUCCAUGCUCACUGGCCAAGAGCAAGGGGCAGUAAUGCCCGGCACACACCUCAUAUUCCUCUGGCCACUGCACAGCAACUCCGGACAUGCCCAUCUUAAGUAAAUGAGAGUUCAGUAAAUUAAUGGGAAUAGAUUGUAAGGCCAGAAGGCAUGGCUGUGAUCAUCCGGUCUGGCCACCUGCAUCAUCCAGGCCUUAGGAAGGGACCUCAAGUUCUGUUAGUCCAGCCCCUGGACCAAGCAUACUUAGGCUGACCAUCCCUGGCUUCCCUGCAUUAAUUCCUGUUUGAACUAGAGCAUAUCUUCUAGAAGAGCAUCCACGCGGGGGAGGGAUAGCUCAGUGGUUUGAGCAUUGGCCUGCUAAACCCAGGGUUGUGAGUUUAGGGAUCUGGUGCAAAAAUCUGUCUGGGGAUUGGUGCUGCUUUGAGCAGGGGGUUGGACUAGAUACCUCCUGAGGUCCCUUCCAACCCUGAGAUUCUAUGGUUCUAAGUUGUUCCAAUGGUUCAUAACCUUCACUGUUAAACAUUUGCACCUUAUUGCUAGUAUGAAUUUGUCUAGCUUCAGCUUCUAGCCCGGGGAUCUUGUUAUACCUUUGUCUGCUCGAUGGAAGAACCCUUUGUCCAAUUUCUGUUCUCCAUGUGUGUACUUGCAGACUUUGAUCAAGUCAUCCCUUCAGUUGUUCUGGGUUAAACUAAAUAGUUUGAGCUCUUUGGGUGAAAUCUACAAAGGUACUUGGGCAUUGCAAUGCUGAGCAUCAUGGGGCCUAGGAAAUCACAGGAACAACACUGCAAUCCCCAAAGCCUGAGUUCCGUGCGUAGGCUCCCUCUGUGAUGAAUAGGGAGAGAUGUGAGCCUGAGAAUGCAAUCCCCAAAGCCAGCAUGGGAGGGAGGGAGAUGUCGAUGAGAAGGGUGUGCAUGAAGUCCAUCCCUUCUCGAGCACCCAUGUCCAGGCUGCAAGGAAUUGCCUGUCUCUGCUUAGUGAUCCAUGAAUCCUGCCCCUAGAGGCAGGUGGCUUAGUAUCCUGAGUGUUUCCACACAAAACAUCCAGAAGAGGAGGUGGUGCCCAUAUAACUUUUAAUCCAGGGUUUAGAGCACUUAGAUGGGAUGUGGGGGAGCUGGGUUCAAUUCCCCCUUCUCUGCCAGAGUUGGAGAAAAGAUUUGAACAGGGGUCUCCCACCACUCAGUGCUUGCAUGGGGAAGUUAUGGAAUAUUCUGAUGUAGGCACCCUCAGUCACUCUCUUUGAAGCUGUUCCACUGCAGAUUAAAUCAUUAAAAAGUGACUGGUGCAAGGGGACCAUAAUUGGAGUCUCCCCCCUCCCAGGGGAUGGCGCGUGCCCUAACCACUGGACUGCAGAGUUAUUCUCUCACUCUCUGGCCGUAUAACUAUUAAGUAUUAUUCCACAGUAUAAUAGAACUACCACCACCUCUUCCUCCUCCUGGAUUUUGAUUGGAACCUGAUCCAGUAGGCAGCCUCUGAGUAUGCCUACAGGAUUAGGCCCUGCAUGUGACUUUAGACAGCCAAACGGAGAGAGAAUAAGACUGAGAAUAUACAAUUGCCCGUAUAUAAAUCGAUGGUACACCCACAUCUCGAAUACUGUGUGCAGAUGUGGUCUCCUCAUCUCAAAAAAGAUAUACUGGCCCUAGAAUAGGUUCAGAGAAGGGCAACUAAAAUGAUUAGGGGUUUGGAGAGAGUCCCAUAUGAGGAGAGAUUAAAGAAGCUAGGCCUCUUCAUCUUGGAAAAGAGGAGACUAAGGGGGGGAUAUGAUAGAGGUAUAUAAAAUCAUAAGUGAUGUAGAGAAAGUGGAUAAGGAAAAGUUAUUUACUUAUUCCCAUAAUACAAGAACUAGGGGUCACCAAAUGAAAUUAAUAGGCAGCAGGUUUAAAACAAAUAAAAGGAAGUUCUUCAUGCAGUGCACAGUCAACUUGUGGAACUCCUUACCUGAGGAGGUGGUGAAGGCUGGGACUAUAACAGCGUUUAAAAGAGAACUGGAUAAAUUCAUGGUGGUUAAGUCCAUAAAUGGCUAUUAGCCAGGAUGGGUAAGGAAUGGUGUCCCAAGCCAUGUUUGUCAGAGGAUGGAGGUGGAUGGCAGGAGAGAGAUCACUUCAUCAUUGCUUGUUAGGUUCACUCCCUCUGGGACACCUGGCAUUGGCCGCUGUCGGUAGAGAGAUACUGGGCUAGAUGGACCUUUGGUCUAACCCGGUACAGCCGUUCUUAUGUUCUUGCCUGGCUUGUGAAUUGCUCUGAGCCUUAGGUGGGAGACAGGCAUUUGGACACCCGAGGAGAGGCCGCAGCGCCUCACAUGCCCAGAAAUAUAAACAUAGGUGGCGAAGAAACUUUUACCCUGAAAACCUAGGUGUUGGGUGAGUUUAGGUGCCUAACUAUUGCUGUGGAUCUGGGCCCUUGAGUCUAUUACUAUAAGGCAGGUUUUCCAGUUUUUUAAUCAUUGUCAAAGUUCUCUGACCUCGGUGCAAUUUAUCACCAUCCUUGUAUUAGCAGGAGUGUUGCAAGCAAGACACAAGAAGUAAUUCUUCUGCUCUACUCCUUGCUGAUUAGGCCUCAACCGAAGUAUUGUAUCCAAUUCUGGACGCCAUAUUUCAGGAAAAAUGUGGACAAAUUGGAGAAAGUACAGAGAAAAGCAACAAAAAUUAUUAAAGGUCUAGAAAACAUGACCUAUGGGGGAAGAUUAAAAAAAUUGUGUUUAUUUAGUCUGGAAAAGAGAAGACUGAAAGGGGACAUGAUAGUUUUCAAGUACAUAAAAGGUUGUUACAAGGAAGAGGGAGAAAAAUUCUAGUUCUUAACCUCUGAGAGUAGGACAAGAAGCAAUGGGCUUAAAUUGCAGCAAGGGCGGUUUAGGUUGGACAUUAGGAAAAACUUCCUGUCGUGGUGGUUAGGGACUGGAAUAAAUUGCCUAGGGAGGUUGUGGAAUCUUCAUCACUGGAGAUGUCAAGGCUGAUUCCCCACUCUGGCACUUAGAGUGCAGAAGAUGGGGGCCCGCAAGGAUUCUAAAAAUUAAUACUGGCCACUCCAGGCUGGUAUUAAACUCCCAAGGUUACAGCUUUUCUCUGACCUUGGAUUGGUAAAUGCUGCCACCACCCAAGUGCAGAACCCCUUUGAAAGCCCAGGAAGGUGUACUUGGGAAUUCCUUCCUGUGGGUACCCUCAAGCCCCUUCCACCACCUCCACUCCCAAGGAAGAGCUGAGAAAGAAGGGGUGGGGGAGGAAAUCAGCUGUUGCCACCAGCUAAUUAAACAACAUAUGCACAAACCUCUUAAGACACAAAAAUCCAAUUCUGUUCUUAAAAUAGGUAAAUUUUAUUUUUAAAAAAGGAAGAAAAUACAUCUGGGAACUCAGGCUAUUGCUCGAUUUUAAAAGAGCUACUACCAGGAUUAAGCACCAAGAAUAGCUUCCUUGAGGUUCAGUUUAAAGGAUACAAGCAAAACAAAAGCACCUGAGGUUAGCAUAGAGGAAUCUACAAACCAUAAAAAAACAUAAAGGAUAAACCUAAUUGCAUCUUCCUAAACGUUUCCUGAUCUACUUACAUAUCUGGGGUUUUAAAUAAGUAGUUUUUAGGUAUGAUACUGAUGAUUUUUUUAUACUUGGCCCCAGCUUCUUACAGCAUAGCUGCUGCCCGGUCCAUCUCUCCCCAGGAGAACAACAACAGACAGACAAAAGGGGAGUCCUUUUUCAAUUUUAAAAAGUUCUUGCCUUCCCAUUGGCUCUUUUGGCCAGGUGCCCACUCACUUCCUUUUACCUAUGCAUCGCAGUGUGACUUUUUAACCCUUUACAGGUAGAGCAAUUAGAGAACAGCUACUAAGAGGGGUUUUAUAGCUACUGACUGGUUGGGUGUCCAUAAAAGGGAGCUUCCUCCCCUCCCCUUUCAUUUAUCACACAAGAUUUCUAAGAGCAGGUUAGACAAACCCCUUUCAGGAAGCUCUAGAUCAGUGGUUCUCAAACUUUUGUACUGGUGACCCCUUUCACAUAGAAAGCCUCUGAGUGAGAACCCCCCCCCUUAUAAAUUAAAAACACUUUUAAUAUAUUUAACACCUUUAUAAAUGCUGGAGGCAAAGCAGGGUUUGGGGUAGAGGCUGAGAACUCAUGACUCCCCAUGUAAGAACCAUGUGACCCCCUGAGGGGUCCUGACCCCCAAUCUGAGAACCCCUGGUCUAGAUAAUACAUAGUCCUGCCAUGAGUGCAGGGGACUGGACUAGAUGAUCUCUUAAGGCCCUUUCACUCCUAUCAUUCUAUGAUUCUUGAAUUAUGAGCCCCAGAACUGGAGGCAGUGCUGCAGAAGUGGCUGCACCAGAGCCAAAUACAGGGGUAGUGUAACCUUGCUACUUUUACUCAAUAUUCCCAUUUAUACCUCCAAGGAUCACAUUAGCCGCUUUGUGCACAGUGGUGGCUGGGGGCUCAUGUUCAGUCAAUGAGGCAUCAGGACCCAAGUCUUUUCCAGAGUCACUGCUUCCCAGGAUAGAGUCUGCCAUUCUGUAAAUAUGGUCUUCAUGCUUUGUUCCUAGCUGGGUAAGGACAUUUGGCCAGAUUAAAACACACAUUGUUUGCUUGUGUCCAGUUUACCAAGUGGUCCAGAUUGCUCCAUUAUUUACCUCUCCCUCAGUCUCUGUGUUGUCUGCCAACUUAACCAGGAAUGAUUUUGUUUUCUUCCAGGUCUCUAAUAAAAAUAUUAAAUAGUUUAGGGCCAAGAACUGAUCCCUGCAGUACCCCACUAGAAACAUACCUGCUGGAUGAUGAUUCCCUGUUUAGUUACAUUUUUGAGAUCUGUCACUUUGCCAGUUUUUAAUCCAUUUAGUAUGUGUCAUGUUAAUUUUGUAUAAUUCUGUUUUUCAUCAAAAUGUCCUGUGGCACCAAUUGACAUGCCUUACAGAAGCCCAUUCCAUAAACAUUGUUGCCUUUUAUCAACACAGUUUGCGAGCCAUUCUGCAAGCCAGUGAUGCAGGGGCAGCUGUGUGUCACAUCUGAUCCACACGUGGCCUCUAGCCAAGCAGAGAUCCUGACACUGACAAACCUCUAAUCUCGGGGUGGCCCAUCCGCCAGGCUGGACACAGGGCCUGAUGCUGAUAGACUCCUCUGAGCCCUAGGAACAAGUUCUGACUGACCCACCUCUCCCAUCCCCAUCGGAGUUGGGGUCUGACACUGGUGUCUUCUGCUCACUACUAGAGCCAGACUCUCCUGCGCUUCCAACCCCUUUCCCAGCACUGUGCAUUGAUUGACACUGAUUCCUCCAGCCAGGUGCAGAUGGGAAGCCAGACGGGGCUCGCAGAAGUGGCACAUUUAUUAGUGUUUGUUUGGAUUUUCCUUUUAUGAGAUGUCUUUUAUGGUUCUUAAUCAUCUGAAGUAAUCUCUUCUCAUCAGUGGGACGUUGGAUAGAAAGUACCUCGGUCUGUCCUCCAUCACAUUGGCUGCACAGUCACUCCUCUCUCCUUGAUUUAGCUGGGGAUUGGUCCUGCUUUGAGCAGGAGGUUGGACUAGAUGACCUACUGAGGUCCCUUCCAACCCUGAUAUUCUGUGAUUCUCUCUGGGUUAAGACUGCUUUGUACCUGAUUCUUACCACUAGUUUGUGGUCACUGAUUCAUCCCCAGGAGAGCUCCAGAGACCCCCCCCCCCCCGCAGCCCUGCAUAUCCCCCAAGGGUGAAGAGAUUCACGCCGGACCAAAGACCAGGGGCGUCCAUGGAGGCACUACUGCCAUAGAGUUCACCCCAGUCUUUGCAAUGUGUCCUCUUUUUGUGAGUGGGACAUGUCUCCAGAGAGCUGCCUGGGCUAGUUUGGACUGGGGAUAGGGUCACGCUGGCUCUCAGGGGUCACCUCACUGUGAUUGUUCAGCUACAGAGUCAGUGUUUCCUUCUUGCUGCACACAUACUUUGCCUCCAGCUGGUUCCAGCAGCUCUUGGGGGAAGUUGGUCAGUCCCUCUUUUAUGAUUUGCAGUCUUCCCACCAAGCAGGGGUAGAUUUAGGAAACAACUCUCCAACACCCAGUAAAGACCCAUACUGGGUCUAUUGGGGACAAACCCCCAACCUUUGGCCCUGUGCUGGGCUGGUGGAACCUGGCUCCCUGUGAGGGGCUCAGGGGUCUGCCUUUCUUAGACUUUGGCAGUUUGCCAGACCAAUACAAUUUCAUUGAACCAAAUUAGUUUCCUCUGAGUUCCUCUCUGGGCUAGUGGGGCUCUCACCCAAGGAAGAAUUGCUGGCUGGAUCCACUCUGGGAAGCUCCUCCCCUCCUUAGCGGUCUCACCUGUGGCAGGUGAUACCCUCAUUAUAUAGCUAUCCCUAGUGGUUUACAGCCUGGCUUGUGGUGCCUGGAGAGUUAUCAAGAAUGAGUGCAGAAGCUGGGAAGAAGCGAGGCCGAGGCCCUGUCUCUGGGGACAAGAAAUCUAAGCGGAAGGUGAAGAGGAGGGAGACCUACUCAGUCUAUAUCUACAAAGUGCUGAAACAAGUUCACCCUGACACUGGCAUCUCCUCUAAGGCCAUGAGCAUCAUGAACUCCUUUGUGAAUGAUGUCUUCGAGCGCAUUGCCACAGAGGCCUCCCGCCUAGCCCAGUACAACAAGCGCUCCACUAUCACCAGCCGCGAGGUGCAGACCGCCGUCCGCCUGCUGCUGCCGGGGGAGCUGGCCAAGCACGCUGUGUCUGAGGGCACCAAAGCAGUCACCAAAUACACCAGCAGCAAGUGACUGCAAAGGCAGCGUGGGGUGGGGGGCUGUGGAGCUGAUGACUCUGUUCCUACCCACAGGAA